UCAACUGAGUGUGACAAGAGAUUUGUUUUCUUCUUUCCGAUUCCCUUGCUGUUUUAGAGCAAAUAAUUUGACAAAAUGGCAAAGUCAAAGAAUCAUACAAAUCAUAACCAAAGCCGCAAAGCGCACAGGAACGGCAUCAAAAAGCCCACAAAGUUCAGGCACGAGUCAACUCUUGGUAUGGACCCUAAGUUCUUGAGGAACCAGAGGUUCUGCAAAAAAGGCAACUUAAAACCAGCAAAGCAGGUUGCCCGUGCGGCAGAAAGGAAAGCCACACGCGAAGCCAAGGCCAAGAAAUGAACUUUUAGCUUGUAAGGAAAUAAAAACAUAAAACUA